UCUAUUUUAUGGGUUUCACAAUCGUUCACUAGUGAAUUCUCAUUUCAGUCGCAUUUAUACGAUCCAAAGCCCAUCAACCCUCAAACUGUGCUAAAUAAGAUGAGCGAUUCUAUGGUGACAUCCCUCUUUUGGGAAUCAGUAGUACUGGGAAACCUUGACCUACUUAAAAACUUCCUGGAAAAGGGCGGAGACAUCAAUUCCGUGAACUACAAGGGCGAAUCAAUUCUUCUAGUAGCGGCCACAAGCGGUCAUCUUCCUCUAGUCAAAUAUUUGGUGGAAAAUGGCGCCGAUGUCAAUCUUGCCGGUUCUGGAAAACACACACCACUGAUUACAGCUUCCCAGAGGGGACACUUGGAAAUCGUCCAAUUCCUCCUCGACCACAAAGCAGACAUCGACAGUGCUACGGUGGAUGGUGAAAAUUCAGUACUCGUUUCUCUGGCUAGCGGAAAUCUACACAUUACGGAAUUUCUGAUUGAGAAAGGCGCUAACAUUAACUGCGCCGAUUGUGACGGUAUAAAUCUGCUGCACAUAGCAGCCAAAAUUGGUUCUUUAAAAAUCACCAAAGUGCUUCUGGAGAAAAACCUCAAUGUUAAUGCUGCGACUAUUGAAGGAGAAUCAGCUUUAUUCAUGGCAGCUGCGAGUGGUAACUUGCACAUCGUCAAGUACUUGCUAAAGAAAGGAGCUGACAUCAAUCAGAAGAACAAAAACGGAGCUACACCUCUCUUCAACGCCGUGGCCAAAGCACAGUUCGAAGUUAUCAAGUACUUGAUUAAAAAAGGUGCCGAUCUUAGUGUACGUGACGAAUUGGGCAACAGCGUCGUAAUGAUAGCCACUCGAUUCCAACAGAUUGACAUCAUCAGGUACUUUCUUUCCAAAAAGCUCGACAUCAACGCGCAGAACGACGACGGUAUGUCGCCACUUUGUAUAGCGUCAGUUUUCAACAACAUGCUUUUGGUGAAAUUUCUACUGGAAAACGGUGCCGAUGUCAAUAAUGCGUCUUGCGAGAAGUGGAAACCGAUUUAUACAGCUACACUUGAAGGAAAUUUCGAGCUUGUCAAAUAUUUGGUCGACAACAAAGCCGAAGCGAAUGGUAAAUAUUUGGUCGUAGCGGCCAGUCGAGGAUUUUUGGAGUUGGUUGAGUACUUCGUGAUUCUAGGCUUAGAAGUUAAUUACUAUGGCAGAAACAAAGAAACUGCGUUGUUCGUCGCUGUUUGCGACGACCAUUUCGACGUUGUUAAAUAUUUGAUAUCAAGUGGAGCUGACGUUAACAUCGCUGAUGACGACGGAAAAGCUGCUUUGUUUAUGAGUGCUUUUAAUGGAAACCUUGAUAUUACGAAGCACUUGGUGGACCAUGGAGCUGAAGUCAAUAUGUGUACAGAAGACGGUGCUACCCCCUUACACGCAGCAUCUGCUAAAGGCCAUUUUGAAAUUGUCAAGUACUUAAUAGAGAAACGUGCCAAUGUCAAUAUGGCCAAUAUGAUGGGCGCCACUGCUUUAUAUGAAGCAACUUGUGGAGGAUACAUAAAUAUUGUCAAGUUCUUGAUUGACAAUAAUGCGGAUGUUAACAUCGUCGCUACAGAAAAUCAUUACUCGCCUUUAUUAGCGGCGGUACAAAAUGGCUAUUUUGAUAUUAUCACGUGUUUGUUAGAACAUGGUGCUGACAUCAACAUUGUCAAUGCACACAACAACAAUGUUUUGCACUACGCUGCUGACGAAGGACUUCUUGAUUUGGUGAGAUUGUUCGUUAGUAGAGGUGUUGAAGUAAAUAAAGUAGAUGAUGAUGGUGACACGCCGUUGCUGUGGGCUGCUGAAAGUGGGCACGUGGAAGUUUGUGAUUUCCUUAAGGAACAUGGAGCAGAUACUACGGUCGUCAACAAGAAAGGAGCGACUGUUGAUACGUUUUUGGCCUCGAAAUUGUCUCAGUUAUAUCAAAGUUAUUUGUGGUGGAGAGAUAAAUGUUGUAGGUUAGUGGAGACUAUUGCAUUCUCAUUCCAGUUCUAUUUAUACAACCCAAAGACCAUCAACCCUCAAACUGUGCCAAAUAAAAUGAGCGAUUCUUUGGUGGCAUUGUCCUUAUGGGACGCCAUAGAACUGGGAAACCUAGAUCUAGUUAAAAUCUUCCUGGCAAACGACGUAGAUAUCAAUGCCGUAAACGACAAGGGAGCCUCAAUUCUUCUAGUAGCCGCCGGAAGCGGUCAUCUUCCUCUAGUCGAAUAUUUGGUGAAAAAUGGCGCCGAUGUCAAUCUCUCCAGUUCCAGAAAACACACACCAUUGAUUGCAGCUUCCGCGCAGGGACACUUGGAAAUCGUCCAGUUCCUCCUCGACCACAAAGCAGACAUCAACAUGGCUUCGGUGGAUGGUAUAAAUUCAGUACUCGGUUCUCUGGCUGGCGGAAAUCCACACGUUACAAAAUUUCUGAUUAAGAAAGGGGCUAAGAUCAACUGCGCCGAACGUAAUGGUGUAACUCCGCUACACCUAGCAGCGCUCAUUGGUUCUUUAAAAAUCACCAAAGUGCUUCUGGAGAAAAAACACAACGUUAAUGUCGCGACUAUGGAAGGAGAAUCAGCUUUACUCAUGGCAGCUGCGAGUGGUCAAUUGGACAUCGUCAAGUACUUGCUAAAAAAAGGAGCUAACAUCAAUCAAAGAACCAAAAAAGGAGCUACACCUCUCACUAAAGCUGUUGCCGACGCACAAUUCGAAGUUAUUAAAUACUUGAUUAAAAAAGGUACCGAUCUUAGUGUACGUGACGAAAUGGGCAACAGUGUCAUAAUGAUAGCCACCCUAUCCCAACAGAUUGACAUCGUCAGGUACCUUCUUUCCAAAAAGCUCGACAUCAACGCGCAGAACGACGACGGUAUGUCGGCACUUGGUCUAGCGUCAGCUUUCAACAACAUGCUUUUGGUGAAGUUUCUAGUGGAGAACGGUGCCGAUGUCAAUAAUGCGUUUUGCGAGAAGUGGAGACCAAUUUAUAUAGCCACAGAUGACGGAAAUUUAGAACUAGUUAAAUAUUUGGUCGACAACCAAGCCAAAGCUUUUGGUAACUGUUUGGUCGCAGCAGCCAGUCACGGAUUUUUGGAGUUGGUUAAGUACUUCGUUCGUCUAGGCUUGGAAGUUAAUUACUGUGGCAAAAACCAAGAAACUGCGUUGUACGCCGCUGUUUUGAACGACCAUUUCGACGUUGUUACAUAUUUGACAUCAAGUGGAGCUGACGUUAACAUCGCUGCUGACGACGGAAAAGCUCCUUUGUUUGUGAGUGCUAUAAAUGGAAACCUUGACAUUGCGAAGCACUUGGUGGUCCAUGGAGCUGAUGUCAAUAUGUGUACGGAAGCCGGUUCUACCGCCUUACACGCAGCAUCUUUUAAAGGCCAUUUUGAAAUUGUCAAGUACUUAACAGAGAACGGUGUCAAUGUCAAUAUAGCCAGCACGGUCGGCACUACUGCGUUAUAUGAAGCUGCCUGUGGAGGAUACAUCAAUAUUGUCAAGUUCUUGGUUGACAAUAAGGCGGAUGUUAACAUCGUCGAUACAGAACAACAUUUCUCGCCCUUACUAGUGGCGUUAACAAAUGACCAUCUGGAUAUUGUCACGUGUUUGUUAGAACAUGGUGCUGACGUCAACAUUGUCAAUACACACAACAACAACGUUUUGCACUACGUCGCUGGCAAAGGAGUUCUUGAUUUGGUGAAAUUGUUCGUUAGUAGAGGUGUUGACGUGAAUAAAGUAGAUGGUGAUGGUGACACGCCGUUGCUGUGUGCCGCCUUAAAUGGUCACGUGGAAGUUUGUGAUUUUCUUAAAGAACAUGGGGCAGAUACCACAGUCGUCAACAAAAAAGGAGAGAGUAUUGAUACGUUUAUGGCUUCGAAAGUGUCUCAGUUGUAUCUAAGUUAGUGUUAAUGUAGAUUAUUGUUAUUUAUUUUUUACUAAUUAAAUUAUGCUCUGUAUUGAUUA